AUGGGCCAGAUAUCGUCCUCGGCGUCGGCGGCGACGGCCACCAGCAACAACAACAACAACCACGGCGGCGGCGGAACGGCGACACCGGCGGUCGCCCGGAAUGGCAAGAAGAUGUACCAUCGGCACAGCUCGGUCCAGCCAGCGCUGGCCAGCAUUCGGUUGCUGAAGAAGGAGCACUCCUUCACGGCCGGUGCCGGAGUCACGAAAGAUGCCGGGGGGCCUGGGGUGCGGAAAGCACGCACGGAGGGUAAAAACAUGGACCAGUACGGGGUGCAGCUGGCGAACAGUGUCCCGACGGCGGCGGUCUCUUCGGCCGCGGUACCCAGCCCACCCUGUCCGAGCUGUGCCACGACGGCCAGCAACGAUCUGACGACGCUGCUCCUGUCGUCGGAGAGCACGACCGCGGUGGCGGCGGCCGCGGAUGUAGACCGCUCGGUGACGUCAGUGGCCGGUGGCAGCACCAGUAAGGAGUUCUUCAAAUCCGGCGACGAUACGUACCACCGGACGGAGUGCUGUUACUACCGGACGAUGGACAACGGGUACCACAAGCUGCCGUCGGAUUCGUACCACAAGACGACCGAAGGAUGCUACGUCAAGCUGCCGGACGGUAGCUUCCGGCGGCUCGUGGUGGCCGCCGCCAGUGCCACGACGGUCGGUGACGAUGAGCUGAGCGCGGCUCCAGCACCCGCGGUCCAGUAUCGGGUCCGGAACCCGAUGCUGAAGUUUCUAAAGCGCUCCAAGUCCCACACGCCCACCACGAUCGCCCAGCUGCGCAAGGAGAAGGAGGACCGAGAGAAGAAGGAACACCAGCAGCACCACCGACUCAGCACUAUCCAGGCGAGCGAGGCGGAGGCCGCCGGACGUCACCAGGUGGCGGCGGCCGCCGCAGCCCUGCUCCAAACGCAAACACAACCCGCGUCCGAGUCACUCCAGGAGUACUCCGAGGCGAUGCUGUCCCGAGCCCGCGAGGGUCGUCGUUGGCGGGCCGCGCAAGGUGCAAGUGUCGGCCAACAGAAUGGAUCACAGGAGCAUUCGCAGCACCAUCAUCAUCACCACCAUCACCACCACCAUCCGCCUUCGACCGCUUCGAUUGUGGAGCAAACGGCCAGCAGCGGGGUGACCAACACGGCCGCCACCGCAAAGCAGCCAUCCGCCGCCACUUCGGCGGCAGCAGCUGUUCCGAACCACCACCAGAACCGGCGCGUGAUGGUGACGAUGAUUGACGGGGGGCUGCCGGUGGUGGCCAAAAGCAAACCGAUCCACGAUAAAGUGAAAAGUGCCAAAAUCCGAGUCCAGGACGCGAAGCGAGACAAGGGUUCACCAAAUAUGCAAAUGCGUGGCACACCGGCCCGGUGGCGAUCUGGCGAGGAGCACAUCGGCAAGUACAAGCUGCUGAAAACGAUCGGCAAGGGCAACUUUGCCAAGGUGAAACUGGCCAAGCACGUGCCGACGAACAAGGAGGUCGCCAUCAAGAUUAUCGAUAAGACCCAGCUGAAUCCUUCGUCGCUGCAGAAGCUCUACCGAGAGGUUCGGAUAAUGAAAAUGUUGGAUCACCCGAACAUCGUGAAGCUGUUUCAGGUGAUCGAAACGGAGAAGACGCUGUACCUAGUGAUGGAGUACGCUUCCGGGGGCGAGGUGUUCGACUACCUGGUGGCCCACGGCAAGAUGAAGGAGAAGGAAGCGCGCGCCAAAUUCCGACAGAUAGUAUCCGCCGUACAGUACUGCCAUCAGAAGCGCAUCAUUCACAGAGACUUGAAAGCGGAAAAUCUCCUGCUCGAUAGUGAGAUGAACAUCAAAAUAGCGGAUUUCGGUUUCUCGAACGAGUUCACGCCCGGCUCCAAGCUGGACACGUUCUGCGGGUCGCCACCGUACGCCGCGCCGGAACUGUUCCAGGGUCGCAAGUACGAUGGGCCGGAGGUGGACGUGUGGUCCCUAGGCGUGAUUCUGUACACCCUCGUCAGCGGUUCACUGCCAUUCGACGGCGCCACCCUGAAAGAGCUUCGCGAGCGUGUCCUGCGGGGAAAAUAUCGCAUUCCCUUCUACAUGUCGACCGACUGCGAAGUGCUCCUGAAAAAGUUCCUCGUUCUAAACCCAUCGAAACGCGCCAGCCUCGAAACGAUCAUGAAGGACAAGUGGAUGAACAUGGGUUACGAGGACGAUGAGCUGAAACCGUACGUCGAACCGUUGCCCGAUCUCAAAGAUCAGAAACGGAUAGGUAAGACGGAAGCGUUAGUCGCGAUGGGCUACAAUAGGCAAGAUAUUGAAGAUUCAUUGGCAAACACCAUGUACGAUGACGUAUUCGCCACGUAUCUCCUGCUCGGAAGAAAAAGCACCGACUCCGAGUCGGACGGGUCCCGGUCCGGAUCGUCCCUGUCGUUACGUAACAUUGCUGGUAACGAGGGUGUCCCGGCCGGUAACUCGCAGGUGCAAAGUCCGACGCAUCGGGGCGUGCACCGAAGCAUAUCCGCGUCCAGCACGAAGCCAAGCCGGCGGGCGUCCA